ACAAGAGACAUGGAUCUGGAGAACAUGACUUCGGCUUCUGCUCUGCAGGCUCUCUCCAAGCUGCUCAGCUCUCCUGAGGAGGAGGAGGAUGACGUGGAGCAGGUGUCAUAUCCAUCAUCUGCUGUUGGAGCCUUGAGCCCUGGGAAUAUUGGACCAGCAAAGAAAGAAGAAUCCAAAGUCAACCCUCCAAAUAAGACUGAAAAUAGAAAGGACAUCUGGGAUCCGGAGGAGGUGCCAGAAGGAUCGGAGUUUGAUGACAUGUGGGACCCCCGGGGACAGCCAGAAUAUGACAUUAUAUUCAAACAGCAGGUGAGAACUGAGGAUAUAUUCCUGGGCAUGACCAGAAAGGACCCUUCUACAGCCUGCUGUGAGGAUCUCUUGGUUAAAAUUAAAUUGCCAGGCACCAAGUCUUCUGACAUCACUCUGGAUAUCCGAGAAAAAGUUCUUGAUCUUCGUACUCCAAAGCAUAAGCUGCUCCUGCACCUUCCCCAUCCUGUGGACAGCAAGACUGGAAAAGCGAGUUUUAUCACAGAAAAGGAGAUCCUUGAAGUCGUCUUGACCAUGAAAAGAGAGCUUGAUUUCAUUAAUUUUUCCUGAAACCGUAAUGGGGGUAAGAUAAGCUGUUGUUCAGUAAGACUAGAAGCAUCAUCAGAGUCCAAAGAAAACUCCCUGGAUGCUGAAUAGGUGAUCGCUAAGAAGCUGAUGAGAUGUCCACAGAUCAAUUCGGUAGUUAGAACAAUGGAAAUAUUUAAACCACAGAUGGUUAGUACUUUUGUGUCUGCAGUUUUAAGGACUCAAACCAAUGAAAGAUGCAAUGGUAUGAUCCAUUUUUCCACAAUUGGCCGUUAGGAUGGCAAAAACAAACAAAACC